CUGGAUUGAGAUACACAAUCCUAUUCUGCUGUUUUCUUGGUCGUGAGGUCGAUCGGAUAUGUUUCAACAGUGGAUCGACAAGUGAACUGGGUUUGCACCACCGGCCAGCGAGCAUGAGAGAAAAGAAAAGUAGACACUGAGAUAUCAACUGUACUGAUUCGCAACACAAGGUACUUUCACGACAAGCUUGAAAUGGAACUAUCAACGACCCCGUCGAGGAAUGUUGAUUCAUGUGCAAACAGGCGGAGGAAAAAGUUUCCAUCUGGCACUGAGGACGAGCAUUCAAAUCGCCGGAUGAGUGUGAGGCAAAGUUGGAGGACGCCAAAGUCUGCGUGCACAUUGCUGGUGUUCUCGCUAUACAUCAGCACGGGGAGCUCCUUCCUCCUUUCGCCAUUCACGCAUUGUUUUGGCCUCGCAGCGAUCUCCAAGGUGCUGAAUCCUGCUUGCACCCCGCAGCAGGUGGAUGUGGGGGCGGCGACUUCCUUCACCUUCCACACAGAGGACGGGAGAGUGGUGGUGAUAAACCUGGCCUCCGACCCAGUUUACAGAUGCUCUCGGUUCUCAAACCCUGACCUCACGUCGGUCAAUCGGCACGACGCGAAUCCUAUGUACGGGAAGGAUGGGAUCGAGGCCGUUGGCGAGACGCAGAGCAACAAGAACAGUGUGGACAAGCUCUACUUGAGAUGGCGGGGAUCAUACGGAGGCGAUGGAAUCAAAUUUUCCCAGAUGAUUGAAUCUCCAUUCCUACCGAGGAAGGGAUCGAUCCCGCUUCCACCGAUGUAUCCGCUGCCGGAGGAUCUCAUCAACAAGGACGGGAUUGUUGGCCUCGCAGCAUUCUUGUCUGUGUACGAUUUUGAGCUCGUCACUGAUUUCAGGAAGAUGGGAGGGUUCACCAUCAACGGGGUGGAUUACUCCAGAGAGGGUUACGAUGCUGUUUUCGUCAAGAAGAUUACGUUGAGGUUGAGGGGAGGAAGCACCCAGACGAAUCAUUCAGUGAACAGCUCGGUUGAAAUCUCGUUGAGUAGUCUCCCGAAGGGAGAGAUCGCUGACGAGGAGGCGUCUUCGAACGAAGUCGUGAGAUUAAAGGGAGAAAAGGGAGAAAAGAAACUCUCAAGGGUGGCAAGCAAGGCGCUGGAUGGUGGAAGACCUCUCCGCAUUGCCCUCUUGACUUGGGAAUCUUUGCACACUAUUGCGGUCGGAGGGGUAGCUCCGCAUGUCACUGAGCUGGCAGCUGGCUUAGAGCGCAGAGGGCAUGAAGUACACGUGUACUCGAGGACGGGAGAUGGCCAGAUGCCUUACGAGAUCAUCGACGGCGUUCACAUUCACCGAGUUCCGAUCCAACUUGAUCCAGACUUCAUCACGGAGUGCAGCAACAUGUGCAACUCCUUCGUUUGGUUCCUGACAGAGUCGGAGCAAUUCCAAGGAGCUCCCUUCGACAUCUGCCACGGGCACGACUGGCUCGCUGCGAAGGCCGUCGUGCAGUGCAAGAACAUUGGGAGGAACACUGUUGCCACCAUUCACAGCACGGAGUUUGGGAGGUGCGGCAACGUCAACUAUGGAGGGCAGUCCGAGCGUAUCCGUCGCAUAGAGGAAGAGGUGGUGCAAGUGGCAGAUCGUGUGAUAUCGGUGUCUGGGGUGCUCUGCGAUGAGGUGAAGCAACAGUUCCGCGUGUCGGAGGACAAGAUGCGGAUGGUGUACAAUGGUAUUCAUCUCGCUCCUUACCUAGCGACGUUCGAUGCAGGAGCAGUCAAGGCACGUUACAACAUCGGGCCCCUGGAUCCCCUUGUUCUCUUCGUUGGUCGCCUGGCGACGCAGAAAGGGCCUGACUUGCUUGUCGAAGCUGUUCCUCUCGUCCUCAACACGAGAUCCGAUGUCAAGUUUGCCAUCGUGGGGGAUGGGUACAUGCGGGCUGACCUGGAGAGGAGAGUGAAUGAGCUCGGUGUGUCAAAUGCCGUCCGCUUUCUCGGCAGCAUGUCAGGCCGGCCGCUCGUCGAGCUCUUCAAGAGCACAGACUGCGUCUGCAUCCCAUCGCGUAACGAGCCAUUUGGUAUCGUCGUCUUAGAGGCAUGGGCGUCGGGGAAGCCUGUAGUCGCCACAAGCUCGGGAGGGCCUCGGGAGUUUGUCGACCAUGGAGUGGAUGGUUAUCACGUGCAUCCUUCAGCGAACAGCAUCUCAUGGGGGAUCUGCGAGAUCUUCUCCAACUUUGAGAACGCAAGGCAGAUGGGCCUGAGGGGGAGGCAAAAGGCACAGAAAAGGUUCAACUGGGACAGAAUCGCACAGGACACAGAGAGGAUCUACAGAGAGCUGGCAGGGUUCUAGGGUGUGGGUGAGGAGGGGAGAGGAGGGUGAAUGGAUGGGUGAAGGAGGAAAGAGGAGAUGAGGAAAAGGAGAUUCCUUCUGUUGUAAAUCAAUUCUAUUGUUGUACUUAAAGCCAUGUUCUGCUG